AUAGGCACAUGAACCAUGAAAAUAUUACCCGCCUUUUUUACGGCAGUCGUGUUAAUAGUUGAAUUUACAUGAUUCCAGUUUUUAGUUAUAUAUUCGGAGGGUAAAUUAAAAAUAAAAUUAUACUACCUACCUAGUACUUUAUAAAAUAUACGCAUAUUCACAAAUAAAUGUCAAUAGAGAAUAAAUUAAAAAUAAAUUAACAAACGUCAAAAUAGACGUAAUAAAAUUUACGAACGUUCAGCGUUUUAAAAAAGUGCGUGUUUGAAAUUCGAAUGUCAGCAGUGUCAAAAAACUGUAUAAAAUAAUUAUUUUAUGUCAAUAACAGUCUGAAAUAUAAAAGGUGCAUAUCUUUUCAUAGCAAAUAUUGGAAUUCAAAAAAAUAUCUUAGUAAAAAUAUUGAGUUAAAGUGAUUUUAACAUAUAUAAAACGUGCGACGCAAAAAUGAUUGAAGAAGAAAUCGAUGAAGAAUAUAUAGACGAUCCGAUACGAUUGUUUGAUUGUGAACAGAUCCGAGUACUUUGUUGUCCAGUAAGAAAAGAACACGAUGUCGAAGAUGUUACCUAUGAAGGCAAUAUACGACUUAGAGAGUAUCGUUUAAAUUAUGAAGAAACAGUCAAUUCCUAUAAAAAUAAUUCUUCUAUAUUACCGGUUACAUUCUUUGACAUAGAGAGCAAUGUGGAACUUUUAAACCAAUGUCGUCCACUUAGUAUAAAACUUGUUGACUAUAGUAGGUUUCCUUGGUAUCAUAAUUGGAAAAAGAAAGUUGUAGAUAGUUCUAAUUUGAAUUUGAAUAAAAGUGAUUUACAAGAAGUAGAUUGUAUAGAAAUUUUAGCUUCAGACACAAAUGAUGAUGACGAUACAGUUUAUAAGCAGAUUACUUCAAAAGACAGUCUGAACACUAAUGAUAAUAAAAAGUUAUCCAAAGUAAGUUUUGUAAGCAAAAAUGACACGAUUUCAGAGAGGCACCUAACAAGAAAAAUGUUUAGUAAAGACGUAAUAGAUAGUUAUCAAAAUAGUAAAGUUAAAGACCUUAAAAUAGGAAAAAGAAUAACUAAGAUUGAAGACCCACAGGAAAAUAUUGUAAUUGAGACAAAAUCCGAUAGCAAAACAAAAUUAAUUUCCGAAAAUCAACUUAACUAUAAAGAACUCGAUGUUGAUAAAAUGAAUACUUUCGCAUGCAUUAUUGAUAAAGCGUAUAAAAAAUUGACAAGAGAUAUUGAAAAGUCUUAUAAAGAAAUUAAAACUGAAAAUACAUCCAAUAAGAGUAAGACUAAUCGCUUAGAUGAUUACACAAAAAUAAACUGUAGUCAUUUGGAUAAAGUUGUUCAAAAUAAAGCUGAUGGAAUCAUUUGUAAUAACAAAUACGAAUUGUUAAAAUCUAAAACGUUUUUAAACGAUAAAAAUCAGACUUCAGAAAAAUAUAAAGAAAACAAUGUUUUUAUUCAAGAAAUGGAAGUAUUAGAAAGUAUCAUAGAAAAAAAUAAUGACUCAAGUUCACCUCUACUACCUUGUCCAUCAAAGAUAAAAAAGAACGACCAAAUGAAUAGGAUAAAAAUAAUAUCAGAUACGCCGUUUCCAUCAAAUACCCAACAUAAAAUUAAGAAAACUGUUUGUAAGGAUCAGUUAUUUAGCGCAAAGCGAGUGAUUCCUCAUUAUCAUUACGAAUCAAUGUAUGCUACACAAAUAUGUAAACCGUUUAAUUAUCAACCAAAUAUUUCUAAAAAAACAAAUAAUAAAACUGGAUCUUUACAAAAAAAUAUUGGUCGUGUAACUUGUGAAGUAAAUAAUAAAAAACGAGGUCUAUCAAAAGAGUGUAAUCAAAAUAAACGCAGCAAAUUUGCUGAAACUGAUUUAAAUAAAAUUAAUAAUAUUACUCACAAUAAACAUCCGAUAUCUAAUGACCAUAUGGCUUCACUCAAUCAUGUGAUGUCUUUAUGCAACAAGCAGUGUUAUGCUCAAGUGGGCUUAAGUCCAAAACAAACUGGAUGCAACCUUAAUGAGGGAGACUCAAGAAACUUAGAGAAUGUGAGAUAUAAUUCAAUUUCAUCGCUAGAUGCAACACAAGGAAAUAAAAAUAGGCCAAUGUCUGUAAGUAACAGUAUUCCUAUUUUGUUAGAUCGGCAAUCGAAGCAAGUGCAACAUAAUAUUACGCCAAAGUUUCCAAUUCAAAGAGUUGUAUCCAAUCGAUGUAAUUCUCAUACUAAUGAUUUAACUUUUCAAACAAGUAAUAUAUUAGUUGCAAAUGAUCAUCCUUAUCAAAAUCUCUAUCAUCGAAGUAAUCAUCAUAAUGAUUCAUACGAUUUAGAACAAUCCUUAAAUAAUAUAACGAAUGGUACGAAAACUGUAACUGUUUAUGAAGACAAUCCUUUAUCUGCUUCGUUUUAUACUAUUCCUUUAACUCCAAUCAGUCUAUUACCUGAAAACAGUCGAAUUUCAAGUACACAAUUCCAAAAUAUUAAUAAUUAUGAAAAUAAUAUACGUACCGAAAAUGUUGAGAGACAAACAAAAAUACUGAAUAGUCAAAGUAAUUUAAAUGUCAACAGAAAAGCAAUAAUAGCUACGGUAAUUUCGAAAGAAUCUGAUGUGAAUCAAAAAGCUAAUAGUGCAGUUGAAAAUGCAACGCACACUACUGAGAGGGAAGUUCGGAAAUAUCCACAUUUAAAACAGUGUUUGGAACGUCCACCUUGCCUAAUAAAUAAUCCUACCAAGAUGAACAGGGAGAAGCGAACAAGUUUAAAUAAUAUAGCAAGUAGAAAUUUAGAUAAAAUGUCGAAUAAAGGUUAUUCACCGCCAAUAUUGCCGAUACCAACUUACCAAAAAACGUUUGAAAUAUUAGCGAAGAUUAGACUAUAUGAUUUUGAUAGAGGAUUCAUUCAACCUGAUUUAUCUGAUAAUGGUAUCCCAUCAUCAGAAAAUUUUAAUAUUUUAGAGAAAACUGCGCACAAAAGAAAAAUAAACGAUGUACAAAAAGUAUCCCGAAAUAUUACUCUAGAUGAUUACAAAAAACGCAUGUCUGACGAAAGUGCAAGACGGUAACAUUAUCAAGUUUUGUGUUGCAUUUUUUCUUUUCGACUUUUAUUUGACAAUGGCUUUCUAGGGUUAUAGUGGCUAAAAUAUUUAACGUUCAACCGUAUAUAAACACAGUAAAGAAAAAAAAGAUAUAACAAUAUAAAUUAUUCUCUAUCGUUAGGCGUCGAAAAGUGGAAAUUAAUUUACGCAUUAUGGCUU